AUGCGCUCUACCGCCGCUCUCCGGAUGUUUCGUGCCACGCCGCGCAUGAUGCGUGCUCCUCCUAAGGAGGACCAGGCCGGUCACACCAUCUCGCAGCGUCUCAGGAAGCUCAAGUCCAUCCCUCUCGAGCUCUACCCCCUCGCUGUCGUCGUUGGAUUUGCCGUGUUCGCUGCCGGCUACUCGAGCGUUCGCAAAUUCAUGGUCGACAAGAACCUUCGUCUUGCCCGCCAGGGCCCCGGUGCUCGCACCGAGAGCCACGACAGCUCCGACCACUAG